AGAGAAAAUGAUUUUAAGAGAGAAUUGUCUUUUGGGUAUGGCCUAAUAAUAUUACUCUUGUAGAGUUCAAGAAAAGUAGAGCCCUGUCUUUAUUAGACUAAAAGAAAAAAAAUUAAAUAAUGUAAAAGAAAGUGUCUCAACUCGAGAACCCAAAAAAUUCUUUCUUUUCUUUUCUUUUUUUUUUUUUAAAUAAAAGAAAAGAAAAACUCACCUCAUAUACACUAAAGAGUAAAGACCUUUUUCCUUAUAAAUUUCUUGAUAUCAGUAAUUCAAUCUCACCUCAUACAGUUUCUUCUUCACCCUUUUUUCACCUUUUUUUUUUUCAGUCUUUUGUGCUACUGAAUCUUGAAAACUAGCGACAAUGGUGGCCAAGAAACCAAAAAUUGUGAUUAUUGGAGCAGGAAUGGCUGGUUUAACAGCUGCCAACAAGCUUUACACUUGUACUAGCUCAAAAGACCUGUUUGAGCUGUGUGUCGUUGAAGGUGGCACAAGAAUUGGUGGCAGAAUUAACACAUCAGAAUUUGGUGGUGACAAGAUAGAGAUGGGGGCAACUUGGAUCCAUGGCAUUGGAGGUAGCCCUGUUUAUAAAAUUGCUCAAGAAAUCAAUUCUUUAAACUCUGAGAAGCCAUGGGAGUGCAUGGAUGGUUUCUUGGAUGGGGCAAAUACUCGGGCAGAAGGUGGGUAUGAACUACACCCAUCUCUUGUUGAGUCCAUAUCCACUCUUUUCAAGAAUCUCAUGAGUUUUGCUCAAGGGAAGUUAAUUCAAGCCAAUAAUGAAGGUGUUGAUUUUGAUUUCUACAGAAAUCUUGCAGUUAAAGCAUCCAAGGUUAGAAAUCUUGAUGCUAAUAACCCAAGUGUUGGUUCUUUUCUUAAACAAGGGUUGAAUGCUUAUUGGGACUUUGUUAAAGAUGAAGAAGAGAUCAAAGGGUACGGUAAUUGGAGCAGAAAGUUACUCGAAGAAGCCAUUUUUGCCAUGCAUGAAAAUGUUCAAAGAACUUAUACUUCUGCAGGUGAUCUUUUAACUCUAGAUUUUAAUGCAGAAAGUGAGUACAAAAUGUUUCCAGGUGAAGAAAUCACUAUUGCAAAAGGUUACUUAAGUAUAAUUGAAUCUUUAGCUUCUGUUUUACCUAAAGGUCUAAUCCAAUUAGACCGGAAGGUAUCCAGAAUCGAAUGGCAACCAACUGAAACUCAGCAAUCAAUGACUAAUGGGUAUGCAAAUUGUAAUAAUAGGCCAGUAAAGCUGCAUUUUUGUGAUGGAUCGGUUAUGUCUGCUGAUCAUGUUUUAGUGACAGUCUCAUUAGGAGUACUUAAAGCUGGAAUUUAUCAAGAUUCAGGUAUGUUAUUUAGUCCUCCUCUUCCAUCUUUCAAGACUGAAGCUAUAUCAAGACUUGGUUUUGGUGUUGUUAAUAAGCUGUUUUUACAAUUAAGAGAGGAUUGCAUCAGAUUUCCUUUCUUGCAAAUGGCUUUUCAUAAAGAUGAUUCUGAAUUAAGGCAUAAAAAGAUUCCCUGGUGGAUGAGAAGGACAGCUUCCAUAUGUCCAAUUUAUAAGAAUUCCAGUGUGUUAUUAUCUUGGUUUGCAGGGAAAGAAGCAUUAGAGCUUGAAUCUCUUAGUGACGAGGAGAUUAUUAAUGGGGUUUCAACAACAGUAUCUAGUUUUUUACAAGAAGUGAAUUAUAAUAAUAAUUGUAAUGAGUCAUGCAACGGGGUUGAUUGUGAUGGAAGCUCAAAUGGAAAUGAAGUGAUUAAAUUCACUAAAGUUUUGAAGAGCAAAUGGGGUAAUGAUCCUCUGUUUUUGGGAUCUUAUAGUUAUGUUGCAGUUGGGUCAAGUGGAGAUGAUAUGGAUACAUUAGCAGAGCCAUUGCCUAAGAUUGGUGGUAAUUUUGAGUCAGAUGGGUCAUCUUCUUCACCUCCACUUCAAAUUCUAUUUGCAGGGGAGGCAACACAUAGAACCCAUUAUUCAACUACCCAUGGUGCUUAUUUUAGUGGUCUAAGGGAAGCCAAUAGGCUUCUUCAACACUAUCAUUGUAUUGGGGUUUAGACACUAAAUAGUAGUAGUAGUAUAAUAAUCAUAUAUGAGAUAUAUAUAUAUAUAUCUAUAUAUAUAUAUUUUAAAAAUUGUUAGAUACUUAUUUUGUUUUUUUCUUCUUUUUUUUAUUUCCCAUCUAAAACAUCUUUAUUUCUCUUUCUAUGAAGUUGAGCCAUCGAUGAGAGCAAAGAAAAAGAAUCAUUAGGGAGGGGCGAAAGAGAUAGAUGGGGACAUUUUUAGAUGUAUUGCCUGAAUUAAAGAAGCUUCCUUUCCAAUUUUCUAUUGCCUUAA